AUGGCGGGAGCAGGAGCGAAUGCUGCUGGAACAGGAGAGCAGCUCUUGAUGAGGCUGCUGCAGACGCAACAGGAACAGAUGGGCCAGAUCCAGAGGUUGCUGGAACAGGACCAAAGGCCUCGAGGAACUGUGGUAGACACAAAGGCCAUAGGCCGACCCGAGAAGAUAGGAGGAACACUGGAGGAAGCCUCACGUGCAUGGCGCCAGUGGAACUACCGGACCUUCCAGCAGGAGGAGGCCUCUUCCAGCCAGGCACCACAAAUCGCUGCCUUAGCCGACCCGCCGCUCACCAACCACAAGGGCGAGCGGGACGCGUGGGUUGGGCAGGUGACAGACCUGCUAGACCGGAUGCUCGACCCCAAGCAGGUCGAGCAGGCACGCAAGGAGCAGCUAAGAAAGCUGUGGGACCGAGGCGCUUUCACGCCUGUGCUGCGGUCUGAAGUACCGCGCGGGGCGCAGCUGUUCAGGGCAAAGUGGGUCGACAAGUGCGACAAAGGGCGGUACAAGUCAAGGUGUACCUGUGCCGACGUCAAGGCCCGCUACAGCCCAGAACAGGAAGCUGGCUUGGACGUUUUCGUCCCAACGCCAACGCCCGAGAGUCACUCCCUACUUGAGGUAGCAGCGCUACACAACGAGGGGUGGGUCACAAGGUCUCUGGAUAUUGUGGCCGCCUUCCUCAUAGGGAGAGACCGCGGUGCGGCGGAAGGCCGCCCGGUCUACAUGCAUGCGCCUGUGGAGUGGCGCGAACUCUUUGACCAAUGGGUCUUGGAGCAGCCUGCAAAGGACCAGCAGUGGUACCGAGACCACUUCCGGGACUUUGUGUUCCGAGUGGACGGCAACCUCUACGGCCGAAGAACGGCUGGUUCCGUCUACAGGGACGAGCUGGAAGAAGUCCUUACCGGCAAGCUGGCAAAGGACUACGACUUCCAGCGUGGCGUGAAGGACCCGUGCGUGUACCUAGACCGCCGGUCCGGCCUGAUCCUUCUCCACCAUAUCGACGACAUCCGUGUCGCAGGCCCCAAGGCCGCAGUGCUGAAGUUCACGGAGGUGGACCUCCCGACGCACUGUGAGAUAACGGUGGGAGAACUGGAAGAGCCGGGCACAGCGGUGGAGGUCCUGGGAAGGACCAAGGUGCGCACAGAGGAUUCUAUCCUCACGCUGCCCGACAGCAAGCACGCAGAGAAUGUGUGCGAGCAGCUGGGCAUCGGUCCAAAAGACAAGGGGACCGUGCCUAGCAGACCUCUAGACCUGACCAAGGUCGAGGAGCUCUCCGCGGGUGACGCCGCGAGGUUCCGCAGCGCCGUGGGUAGCGCUAUCUACCUAUCGGCGGACAGGCGAGACAUACAGUUCGCCGUGAAAGAGCUGGCACGAAGGAUGCAGAACCCCAGGGUCUGCGACUGGCUCGCUGCGGAAACCCUCGCGCGAUACCUGCGGGCAACCCCGCGGUUUGGAAGGGUAGUUGUGCUGGACCCCGCGUCCAAGAGCACAGCCCUUCUGAACUUGGAGGUCUACUCCGACUCCGACUGGGCAGGGUGCCCAGAAACGAGAAGGAGCACAGACAACAUAGUUGCCUGUCUCGGGGGAGCAGUCAUCCAGACAAGCUGCCAGACACAGCCUGGCCUCCCAGCCACCUCCAGCGGAGACGCGGAGAUCCGGGGAGUGUCAAGAGCAGCAAGGGAGGCUGUCUUCCUACGAGAGCUUGCGGAGAAGGACUUUGCCCUGGCCUGCGGCCUGAGACACCUGGAAGUCGCGGAAUUCUUUGUCCAAGGCGCGCUCAGAGCCAAACUUCUCGAACUGAGAAAAGUUAAGGGAACCGAAAACCCGGCAAACUUCGCUACCAAGCACGCGAAGACUGGACCGGAGGUGCGGCAAUCCCUGCCCUCUAUGGGCAUGGUGGACCUCGAUGCGGUCGCAGGCGCCACCGAGGCUCUGGCCCAAAAGGGCACGAUCAAGACGAUCCAGGCUAGCCCCUGGAAGAUGAGACCGCCGACCAAGCUCACGAGCUCGGCGCUCAUGGCCACAAUCGUGGCGCUGCAGGUUCGACCUGCCAAGGCCCAAGGGCACGACUUCGCAGAGCUGGAGCCGGAGCCCGAGGAAGAAAUCGAGCACCACGCCGAGCGUGCCGAAGAGCCGCCGCGUGCAGCCCGAAGGGCCACGGAGGUCUGGCUAGGGCCAGAAGCGCCGCAAGAGGCGCAAGGGGAAAGGAGGGAGCAACAGCCUAGGGGGGCUCAGGAGGCAGAACCUGAGGGUGAGCGGACUCCAGGUCCGCCCCCUGCGGCAGCUCCUCCACCACCGCCGCCCGCUGCACCGAGGCAUCUCUACGAGACAGCCCGUGGUGACAAGAUCCAUCUUUUCACCAACUGCAAUGGGCUGAGCUCCGUCCCGCCGGAUCAAGUCCUGAUCGGCUUUCGCUGCCACUGUGCAGCAGAUCCUCAGAACUCCGAGUUCCUCUGGACCGGGUUCGCCUUUCAAGUGGCCACCGGCCGCGUUGUGCGCCGGUACCACGGCCAACAGCAAGGAGAUCACCGUGGGCUGAGGGAUCAGCUGGUGGAGGGAGUGACUCCGGAGAAGGUUCAGGAGUUUAAUCGUCAGUUGGAGGUGGUCCUGGGGUCCGGCCUGGACAUGUAUCGGCGGCUCCAUGGGAGAUUGGAUUCGUCGGAUAUGGUGACCAGUUUUCGGUGGCUCCGGCAGCUCAUGUCGACGAAGCCGGUAGCCGAAGUGAGCGACUUGAUCGCUGCAGCGGAGAGAUGGGAGGACCAGCAUCGGCGGUAUGCUGCCCGUCGUGACUGCACGGCGCUGACGGAGCGCCAGAAGAUGGCUUCGUUGCUCAGGUUGGUGCCUGCUGAGCUGCAGUCGCACCUCGAGCUCAAGCUUCCACGACUCACCACGUACGACCUGCUACGGCGGGAGAUCGUAACCUUCGCCGAGAACAGGGGAGCCUUUGCCGUGGAUGACUCUGGGGCCAUCCCAAUGGGGAAGGGGCAAGGAAAGGGAAAAGGAAAAGUGCCACAAGUGUGGCAAAACGACACAUCUUGUCAAGGACUGCUGGAGCCCGAUCGACAUAAGGAAGAACAAGGAUGCAGGAGGAGGUUCUAG